AUGGAUAUAUUUUCAUUAGCUUCAAAUUUACAACAAAUAGCCAUAGGUGGUGUUAAUUAUGUUAAUAAUAAACUACUGAAAAAAAAUUCUUUUACGAAAUAUAAUUAUGUUACAUAUAUUAUUAUAGGAGAAAAUGAAAACCAACCAUAUGAUGUUAACAUAUUUUUUUUACCAUUUCAAAAUUCUAAUGAAUUAAAAUUCAAAGAAUUUAAAGAAUACUUUCCUUUUAAAGGUGAUAUCAUUUUUCGUUUUAAAAUAAUAUUGACAGAUUUAAUUGAAGUCAUUAAUAAAGGAUAUAGAAAUAAUGCACCUUUAUUAAAGCAGAAGGAAAAAGAAAAAAAUUUAACUAAUCAUAUUAUAUCUGAUGAAGCAGAGAUAAAAAACAUAUUAAGACAAGAUAAUUUGAAUUAUAUAUGGAUAGAUAUAAAUAAUGAUGAUGCUUUUAUUCCUUUAUGCCAUGGAAAAAUAGUUGCAAAAGUAUUAUUUAUUAAUCAUAAAAAUUAUAGGAAUUUUAAUGAAAUUUAUUUUAAUAAUUAUAAAUAUAAUAAUUCACCUAUUUACAUAAUGAAUGAAAAACAUCUGUGUUCAUAUGAAUUCAUUAAGAAAGAAGAUAAAAGCAUAAAAUGUAGUAUUGAUAGUAAUGACAUAAUUAAUAGUGAAGACUUUGAUGGCGAUAAUAAAAAAACCUCCAGUCAAAGUAAUUUUAUGAAUUUCAGUUAUUCUAAUGAUACUGAAGAAUUUGAAAAUUCAAUGUAUUAUAAUGAUGAUUUAAAAAAAAAAAAUGGAAAUAAAUUUUAUAUAAAAAAAAAUAAUAAAAGAGAUAUUUUAAGUGAAGAUUGUGUAAAAAAGGAAAACAUAAGUGGGAUAAUUGAAAGUGAAAAUGAACAUUUUUUUCAAAAUGAAGAUAGCGAUAAUAAUUAUCUAAAAAAGAGAAGUAAUAGUGAUAUUUUAAAUGAAUCAUAUGAAGGAAAUAUAACAACAGAAAUAAAUCAGAAUAAUAAUGAAAAUAAUAAAAAUGAGAAAAAUUUCGAAAAAUUAUUUCAGAAUAAGGAUAUUAAUGAAAAUAUUUUAGAAAAAGUUAAUUUAUCAUCUUCAAAAGGAUUGUCAUUAAUGUACAAAAAUAAUAGUAACAAUAAUUAUGAUGAUUUAAUAAAUAAUAAUGUAAUUAAAAAAGAUGAAAAAUUUCUUAAAGCCAAACUUAAUAAUCGAUUAGAAGAACUAAAAGAAUCUAGAUAUCAAGAACAAGAAAAGUUUAAAGAAAAAAUAUUAAUAUCAGAAAAUGUUAAAAAACAAAUUGUUAAAUGGUCAAAAAAUUCAGACGAUACAUAUAAAGACAUCAAAGUAAUGUUAAGCACAUUGAAUGAUGUAUUAUGGGAAAAUGCAGAAUGGAAAAAUGUAUCUAUGUCCGAUUUAAUAUCAAAUACAAAAAUGGUUAAAAAAACCUAUAAAAAUGCUAUAUUAUUAUGUCAUCCAGAUAAACAUAGAAAUAAACCAUUAGAACAAGUGUUAAGAGCAGAAAUGAUUUUUCAAGCGUUAAAUAAUUCCUAUAAAUUAAAAAAAAAUAUGUGA